AUGUUAGGCCUAAGGCAACCCAUGGAAGCUCCUCACUCUUCACGGGCUGUUACUGCCUGUUUGUCUCGGAUCAAAGCCAGCAGCGGAUCUAAGAAUGACAGACACAACUUAGUUUAUCAACUCUACCAACUCUGCUGUCUCUCUUUGUUGUUGUUCUGCAACAUUUUAUUCACUUCUUUGUUUAUACAUUUGCAGUCAUCCAGGCGAGUAGAGCUGGGAGGUGAGGGACCACAGAUGCACAGCCAAAUACAUUUCAUGAACGAGUGGGCCUCGUGGGGCGGUUGGUCCGUGUGUUCAUGCUCCUGUGGGGGAGGGGCCUCUGUCCGUACACGCACCUGCAUCACCAGAAAUCUGAUAGGAGGGCCUUGCCCGGGGGACACCAGGCAAUACAAGAUUUGUAACACAAAGGAGUGUCCUGCUGAUUCAAUGGACUUCAGAGAACUGCAAUGUAAAGCUUUCAAUGACAGACCCCUGGUCUCUGGCAGCAGUUACCGUUGGACUACCUUUCAUGGAGGAUCUGACCCAUGUGAGCUCAGCUGCCUGGCAAUUGGACACAACUUCUACUACAACUUUGGGCGAGUUCUUGAUGGCACACCAUGCCAAUCAGAUCAGGGGACAGUCUGUGUGAAUGGAAAGUGUCUGGAGUCUUUUGUAAAUACAACUGUGAUUUACGAGGUCAUGCCCUCAGGUCCUGCUGCUCACUGGCCUCUUCAACCCCCCUAUCAACAGCAGCCAGUCCCACGUUUGGAAAGAGAUGAAAACCGCAGGAACCGACUGCCUGCAAUACACCGUAGAGCCCACUGUGGGAAAUGUCGCCGGGUACGAGGGAGAGGUGAGCGCCAGAGACAGUAUUGCCACAAAGAUUUUGUAUUUCGAGCAAAAGUGCUGGAAAAGGUCUAUCAUGGUGAGGAGACCCGCUAUGAUGUCCAAAUCAUCCACACAUACCGCAACCGUUAUCGUUUGGAGCACCGGGAGUUCCUGUGGGCGCCCAACAAAUGUGACUGUCCCUUUUUGGAGGAGGGGCAUCAGUAUGUGUUGAUGCUGCGAAGGCAUAUUAAUUAUGAACGCACUCUCAAUCGCAUCCUGUUGGAGGAGGACAGCUACACUCAGCCUUAUCGGGCCCGCGAGGACAGCCUGCUGCGCCCCCUAGAGGAGCUCUGCAGCAAUAGAGGCAGCAGGACUCAGCUCGGGGGGUAAACACAUGGACGAUCACACUUUCACUGCACACUUAUUCAGACAGGUGCAGACAGAAACCCACCUCUGACGCUGAAUUGAAAUCGAUGAUUUUACUAAAGCAUUUUGCAUUCCUCAAUAAGGACAAUGGACACUUUGUCGGGAUGAAUUAUGUCCGUGGGGGCAUGAGACAAACCAAAGCAAAGAGAGUCACUAAAUGAAGCACUUUAGGUGGACAGUCACCUUUCAAAACUUAUACACCAAAGUAAAUAAUAUACACAGAAUUUAUGAUGCCUUUUCUAGCACAAUUGUUAAUGGCAUAAAACCUCUUGACAGCAUGUGUAUCUUUAUCAUGUGCAUUUUGAUGUUUUUAUAUAUGUAUUUAUAAGCACAGUAUUUCUAGAGGAAACCUUGAUUUAUAUAUUGCCUUAUAAUUUUAAAUGGUUUACCAUCAAUAUUUUUGCUCUUAUCAAUAAUUAUAAAGUGUUUAUGAGUCACAUGUACAUUUACACAUUCAAGAUAAGCAGCAUAUACGUAAAACUGUCUAUGGCGUAGCACUUUUGCCAACGAACAGUUGUUUUCUGCUUUAUAUUUGGCAGCCGUUUUUCCCUUUCAUCAUUAGCAGACUAACUAAGAUUAUCCUAUUACCUUGAUGUGGUUGUUAAAUUAUAGUCCAGCCUUUCUACAAAACACACAUAAUCUCUAAAAUGUGUCUUGUUAAAAAUAUAUUUACAAAAAUAACUUAUCUUUUAUGACAGUCACAUCAAACUUUCUAACAGAAACAUGCAAUUAGGGCUAAAUACUCUGGCUGUCGACGGGCUAUUAAAGUCAUUAUACUCAAGAUAACAGCUUUUUCUCCCUGUGGCCUUUGAUUGGCUGAGAGAGUGAGUGGGGCAAGGCCCCAGAGAAAAAUUAUACAUAUAUAUAUAUAUAUAUAUAUGUAUAUAUAUGCAC